AAUAGUGCGGACCUGGGUGGGGACUGCGGCGUAAAGCCCAAACAGCGCGGGAAAGCGGUGGGCGGGGCUUUGUGGGCGUGGUUCCGGUAUCGGUUCCGGGUCGCGGUGUCGGUACCGGAGCGGUGGAACCAUGCGGUUCCGGUUCUGCGGGGAUCUGGACUGCCCCGAUUGGGUGCUGGCUGAGAUCAGCGUGCUGGCCCGAAUCUCCUCGGUGAAGCUGAAGCUGAUCUGCGCUCAGGUGCUGCGGGAGCUGCUGGGGGACAACAUCGACUAUGAGAAGAUCCUGAAGCUGACGUCGGACGCCAAGCUGGAGUCGGGUGAUGUGAAGGCUGCAAUUGCUGUGCUCGACUUCAUCCUCUCCAACGCAGCCAAGCACAACGUGGAUGGUGAAUCGUUGUCCAGCGAGUUGCAGCAGCUGGGGCUGCCCAAAGAACAUGCCACAGGGUUGUGUCGCUCCUAUGAGGAGAAGCAGAGCUCCCUGCAGGACAGCCUCAGGGCUGGCAGCCUCCGAUUGAGCCGCCUGGAUGGUGUGUCGUGGAGGGUGGAUUAUACACUGAGCUCCAGUGAGCUGCAGGACGUGGGGGAACCUCUGGUGCAUCUGCUGCUGCGUGUGAAGCAUCGGGAGCACGGGGAGCCCGAGGCCGUGCCCGUGGCCGUGUCGGCCGACAAGUUCCGGGUGCUGCUGGCAGCCCCUCCACCCCGCAGAGCUGAAGCAGGCCCAGGCGCUGAUGACGACCCUCCUGUGAGGCCGCGGUGCUGGCACAGCGUGCGGGGUGCGCUAAUAAAGUGACGGAGCGAAGCCC